AUGGAAGAGCAAGACAUAAAUGCUGAUGUUGAAAUGGGCAACAGGAUGAUGAUAAUCCUAAGAACAAUGAUGUUGAAGAGAUUGAACCCGGUAGUAAAAGAAGAAAGAACUUCUUAUACCUAUUCUUCUUCGACCCUUUCUUUCCGAGCCAAGCUAAACAACUUCUUCGAAAAUAUUUUAUCUGUUCAAACCGCUCUACCCUUUGGUGUUCAACUCUAUUCAAGACGCUUCAACCACGCAACUGUGGCAAAGGACGCACAAGCCACGAAACGUUGGGCAAAAACAAGUGGAGUGUUGGGAGUCACCACAAAUUCCACAAAACUCAGAUUGGCACGUGCUUUCCCUGAACCCGUCGUCAACAGCUCCUCGCCGGUGUCCCUUGGCCACGAACACCUCGCCUCCGUUCGCGAGCAGCCCUGGGCCCUAUUCGUCGAAGACUUGCCGUUCAAGUCUUUUCGAGUUUCGUCCGUCCGAACUGUCUUUCCGAUCUCCUCCCCGAAGACGGGUAACAUUUAUGAACCCUUUCGUAAUUUCUUACGAGCUCGAAUAUAA